UUGUCUUUUUUGAGUAGUUCAUAUCAUCUUACUACACGAGCAAGAUACAUUAGUGGCUUAUUGUCACUAGGCAUUUCUGACGCUUUCUAUUAAUGGGACCGUUACUGUAGCUGAACUGUCGUGUGUCUUCCUUACGUAAACAAUAACACAAGAAGACAUUAGCCAGGUCUUUGUCAAGAUGCAUGUGCUGCUUCUCAAAGAGCCAAGAGAUGGAGAGUCUGGACCUGAUCCUUACAUAACGGAACUGGCAUCAUGUGGACAUAAAGCAACCCUUAUCCCUGUGCUGUCUUUUAAGUUUGUCUCAUUAAAUACGUUGUCAGAUAAGCUUUUCCAACCAGACAAACAUGGUGGUCUUGUAUUCACCAGUCCAAGAGCAGUGGAGGCUGUGAAGAUGUGCUUAGAAGCAGAAGAAAGGCGAGAAGAAUGGAACAGCUCUGUGAAAGACAAGUGGAACGGCAAGUCCAUCUAUGUGGUUGGGAAGGCGACAGCUGCAUUAGUGCGAAAUCUGGGUCUGAAUCCUUUCGGCGAGGACACCGGGACAGCAGACGUCCUAUCACGUGUUAUCAUUGAACGAGAGGACACAAAUAUUCCACCGCUUUUUUUCCCCUGUGGCUCAAUCAAAAGAGAAGUCUUGCCUACGGCUUUAAGGGACAAUGGAGUGCCCCUGGAGACUCUGACUGUCUAUCAAACAGCUGAACAUCCAGAUCUGGAGAAAAAUCUAAAGAACUAUUUCACAGAGCAGGGCACUCCCGCCAGCAUAGCUUUCUUCAGUCCAUCAGGAGUGAAGUUUUGCCUGGAAGCAGUACGGAGGCUGUCAGGUGAACAGCUGCCUCAAAUAAAGUUUGCUGCCAUAGGGCCUACUACACGGGACGCUAUGACAGCAGAAGGUCUGUGUGUCAGCUGUACUGCAGAAAAGCCAACGCCGGAACACCUGGCAGCAGCUAUAGCCAAAGCUCUGCAGUAACCCCCGACGGGCUCCAUACGCUUUAUCUCCUCUCUUUGUACAUUCUCUGUUAUUUAUAUGUAUUGUCUUUUAUCUCUUUUACUUUACUGCUCAGCUUGCCAGUUUUUUGUGUACAUCAGCUACUUUGCACAGGGAAAAAGAAAAGCUUUCUGUCAGAAAAGCCUGAAUAAUGUAAGUGAAUAUAAUUAGAAAUUUUAUUUAUGUCCAGCUUGCUCAAGAAAGUCAAUAUAGCAUUUUAUUUUUGAGAAUAAACUUGGGUCGCUGUGAGGAUAUGGAA